AUGGCUGCUCAAUCUAAGCUGAUGCCACCCGACCGUUCCGUGAAACAGAUCCUCUCUAGCCUCACCUCCUUGUACCUCCGCCACCGCACCAACAUCUCCCGCGGCGUCUAUCUCGCCCUCUUUGCUGCUCUUGCAAAGCGAAUCCACAAUGCUAUAUCCGAGCAAAAAGCCGCCUCUAAGCAGAUCGAGUUGCGGAGGCGACCGGGGACCCAGAGCCUCGGCGAUGACGAGCAGCCGCGCAAGAAGCGGGUCGAGAUCAACCGCGAGUUUUUCACCAAAUUGCUUCGGUUACUGCGGAUUGUGAUCCCGGGAUGGCGUAGUAAAGAGCUACGUCUUUUAUUGAGUCACAGUGUGUUCCUUGUGCUGCGCACGCUGCUGAGUCUGUAUGUUGCUGAGCUGGACGGCAGGCUGGUGAGCAACCUUGUGCGAGGCAAGGGCAAGGACUUCUUGCUCGGACUUGUAUGGUGGAUGCUUGUGGCUAUCCCUGCUACGUUCACUAACUCGAUGCUUUCAUAUCACCAAUGCCGACUCGCUCUCAGCUAUCGGAAACGCUUGACGGAUUACAUUCACGAGAAAUAUUUAUCUAAUAUGACUUUCUAUGCCAUCUCCGCGCUUGACGACCGCAUCAAGAAUCCUGACCAGCUGGUCACAGUGGAUGUGUCUCGGUUUUCGGACAGCCUGGCGGAGUUAUACUCCAACCUCGCUAAACCCAUUCUCGACAUGGCCAUCUACAAUUACUCCCUUUCGAAGAACGUCGGCGGAGAGGGGUUAUUCAUCAUGAGUCUGCUGGUGCAGCUUUCCGCGAACGUAAUGCGCAUGCUGACGCCGCCUUUCGGCAAGUAUGUUGCCGACGAGGCUCGUUUAGAAGGAGAGUUUCGCUUCCUCCAUUCCAGGCUUAUUGACUACAGUGAGGAGGUAGCUUUGUACCAUGGUCACGAGGCCGAAAAAGAUACCCUGGAUAAGGGGUAUUUCACAUUAAUUAAGCACGUGAACCGGAUCCUGCGCCGUCGCCUGUACCAUGGAUUCAUGGAGGACUUUGUGAUCAAGUACUUCUGGGGUGCUCUGGGUCUGAUGCUAUGUAGUGUGCCUGUUUUUUUUAAGGUUCCAGGACAGGUCAAUCACAGCAUGAGCGACCAUACAGAGAGUUUCGUUACAAACCGACGAAUGCUUUUAUCAUCAUCGGAUGCCUUUGGCCGUCUUAUGUUCUCCUACAAGGAGAUUUCCGAGCUUGCCGGCUUCACCGAUCGGGUCUCAUCUUUACUAGAAGUCAUGGAUGAUCUUGUCGCCGGGCGAUUCGAGAAGAAGCUCGUAUCCUCAGCAUCGACAGAGGAGAACGCAGCCGUGCUUUCGGGCCGCGGCGAGGUCUCAGAGAGUGAAUCUAUCGAGUUCACCGAUGUUCCCAUCGUCUCGCCGAACGGCGAUGUCCUGGUUCGCAAACUUUCCUUUACCGUCCACCCAGGCGACCACCUUCUGAUUGUCGGUCCCAAUGGGUGCGGCAAAUCAUCGCUCUUCCGUAUUCUAGGCGGUCUCUGGCCUGUCUACGGUGGAUCAGUCAAGAAGCCCAGCUUCGAGGACAUCUUCUACAUCCCGCAGCGGCCGUACUUGUCCCGCGGCACUCUGCGUCAGCAAGUCAUCUACCCCGAUGGCGUGCGCGAGAUGCGUGCGAAGGGGGUCACUGAUGCGGAUCUGUUUGAGAUCCUCUCCAUCGUGGAGAUCGCCUCGGUAGUGGACCGCCCUGGUGGCUGGGAUGCGGAGGAGGAGUGGCGCGAUGUGCUGUCCGGAGGCUUGCAGCAGCGGAUUGCUAUGGCGCGUCUGUUCUAUCACCGACCCAAGUUUGCUAUUUUAGAUGAGUGCACGUCCUCUGUAACCCUCGAGAUCGAGAAGGUUAUGUACGAGACUGCCAAGAAGCUCGGCAUCACUCUGAUGACCGUGUCGCAUCGCCGGAGUCUCUGGAAGUACCACCAAAAGAUCUUGCAGUUUGAUGGGCAGGGAGGUUACGUGUUUACAGGGCUUGAUUGGGAGCGCCGUUUGAAGCUUGAAGACGAGAAAGAAGAAUUGGACAUUCAACUCCGGGCAGUUCCCGAGUUGGAACGUCGAGUUGCAGAGUUGACGGCGGCUUGA